GCAAAAUGGCUUGUUGCAGGUUUACUAUGUUGACAAGACCGGUGAAACUGUCCCGGCUUUGGAGACAGGUUGGGUCGGCUAUUUCUCGUGAUUGGGUGGUGAAGAGAAGAUAUUCUACAGGUGGAUCGACACAAGCUAUGGGAGCUCUUGAUGGCAUCCGCGUACUGGACUUAACAAGGGUAUUGGCUGGUCCUUUUGCUACUAUGAUACUUGGUGAUCUCGGAGCUGAAAUUAUUAAAAUUGAAAAACCAGGUGUUGGGGAUGAAACCAGAACAUGGGGUCCACCAUUUGUUGACUCUCAAAGUUGUUAUUUUCUCUCAAUAAAUAGAAAUAAAAAGAGUCUAGCCGUAGAUUUAAAAGACCCAAGAGGAAAACAAAUUAUUAUUGAGCUAGCCAAGAAAUGUGAUGUUUUAGUUGAAAAUUAUGUUCCGGGAAAGCUAACGUCAAUGGGUUUAGGUUAUGAAGAUUUGCAUAAAGUGGCCCCUCAACUUAUAUACUGUUCAAUAUCAGGUUAUGGUUCAGAUGGUCCCUACGCUGAGAGAGCAGGUUAUGAUGUCGUCGCUGCAUCCAUGGCAGGAUUAUUACAUAUCACAGGACCUCAGGAUGGUGAACCUGCUCGCGUUGGUGUCGCUAUGACUGACUUGUCAACUGGUUUAUACUCACACGGUGCAAUAAUGGCUGCUUUAUUACAAAGAUAUAAAACAGGGAAAGGACAAAAAAUUGAGUGCAAUUUACUUUCAACUCAGGUGGCGCUGUUAACGCACAUAGCAGGUAACUACCUUAAUGCUGGAGUAGAAGCUAAACGUUGGGGAACCGGACACGGAAGCAUAGUUCCUUACCAGGCUUUCAAGACCAAAGAUGGGUUUUACCUGAUUGUUGGCGCUGGUAAUGAUAAACAUUUUUCAAUUGUAUGUAAGCUACUGUCAUUGGAAUUUUUAUUGGAAGAUAAUCGAUACAAAGGGAAUCAUAUGAGAGUGGAAAACAGAAACACUUUGAUAACUACGAUGUCAGAUAGAUUUUCCCAGAAGUCGUUAAAAGAAUGGCUUGAUAUCUUUGAAGGUUGUGGUAUUCCCUAUGGUCCAAUUAAUAACAUGCAGCAAGUAUUCAAUGAUCCACAAGUACAACACAAUAAUAUGGUGCAAGAAGUUCAGCAUGCUACCGUAGGAAAUGUCAGAAUGACAGGACCAGCUGUCAAGUAUAGUGAUUCAGACAACUCAAUUCAUUUGCCUCCACCGUUGCUAGGGCAACACAGCAAAGAAGUCCUUCAAGAUCUCCUUGAAUAUGAUGAGAAUGAAGUGGCUGAUCUUAUUGAUAAUCACAUUGUAGCAUCUUGCAAGGAUCAGUGAAAAUGAACUU